CACUCGAUCUUACCCCCGUCGUCGACAUCCCUCGAGGUAUGUAUCAAUCGUUGCAUUGCCCUAUUCUACAGCUCCCCAGCUAGUCUGGGGGAGCAAUCGCCAUGGAAUUCUGGUUUCGGCCAUGCUGGUGUAGUAACCGACCGCAUUUGAUCAUCGGAAAACCAGGCGAUACGCUUCCUCACUACGGCACGGGCUGAAGAACCCUUGAUGAUGCUUAGGGGCACUCUUUGCGCUCGAGGACUACUGGUGGCUGACUCUUGGACCCAACGCCUCACCACUGCCACGCGGUGGUGUGAGGACUGGGCAUCGUAAAUUAGAUACCUCAUAUCCUUUGAUUCCUCGAUUUGAGAAUCUCGAUAUCACACCGUCAAAAUGGUCAAGACUUCCGUCCUCAACGAUGCGCUCAACGCCAUCAACAACGCCGAGAAGAGCGGUCGCCGCCAGGUCAUGAUCCGCCCUUCCUCCAAGGUCAUCGUCAAGUUCCUUUCCGUCAUGCAGAAGCACGGUUACAUUGGCGAGUUCGAGGAGGUUGACGACCACCGCUCCGGCAAGAUCGUCAUCCAGCUUAACGGCCGCCUCAACAAGACCGGUGUCAUCAACCCCCGUUACCCCGUCCAGCUCCGUGACCUCGAGAAGUGGGCCACUCAGCUCCUUCCCUCCCGUCAGUUCGGCUACGUCGUCCUGACCACCUCCGCUGGUAUCAUGGACCACGAGGAGGCUCGCCGCAAGCACGUUGCCGGCAAGCUCCUCGGUUUCUUCUACUAAAAAAAGUUUCCGAAUAGACUGGAUAGUUCGGUGUGAGGGAUGAACUCUCGUGGCUUGACGG